CUCCGACGCGGACGCGCCGCUGAGCGCGAGUGCGCGCACGGGCACGCGCUCACAGCUGCCUGAGAGGAAGAGAGGCGAGGCGCGUGUGCGGCGGACCCGCGCUUAUAAUGGCUGCCGGGAGAAGCAGAGCAGAGGGAAAUCAGCCACAUUGGGAAUAACGUCGAGCACAGGUGAGGGAGAAGAGGAUGGUGAGCAGUCAAGCCAAGUACGAGCUGAUCCAGGAGGUGGGCCGGGGCAGUUACGGUGUGGUUUACGAGGCAGCUGUACGGCAGACCGGAGCUCGUGUGGCUGUGAAGAAGAUCCGCUGUCACUCCCCGGAGAACGUGGAGCUGGCCUUGAGGGAGUUCUGGGCCCUGAGCAGCAUCCAGAGCCAGCAUCCCAACGUCAUCCACCUGGAGGAAUGCAUUCUCCAGAGAGACGGCCUCGCCCAGCGCAUGAGCCACGGCUCUAGCUCCUCGCUCUAUCUGGAAUUGGUGGAGACCUCCCUGAAAGGUGAGAUCACAUUUGACCCCCACUGCGCCUACUACCUGUGGUUCGUCAUGGACUUCUGCGAUGGUGGAGACAUGAACGCCUAUCUCCUGUCCCGCAAACCCAGCCGCAAGACCAACACCAGCUUCAUGCUGCAACUGGGCAGCGCUCUUGCCUUCCUGCAUCGCAACCAGAUCAUCCACCGAGACCUCAAGCCCGACAACAUUCUCAUCUCGCAGGGCAGAACCCCGACCGGGUCCCCCGAACCCACCCUGAAGGUGGCUGACUUUGGCCUCAGCAAGGUCUGCUCCUGUUCGGGCUUGAACCCUGAAGAACCGGCAAGCGUCAACAAGUGUUUCUUGUCCACAGCUUGUGGGACGGACUUCUACAUGGCCCCCGAGGUCUGGGAGGGCCACUACACCGCAAAGGCUGAUAUCUUUGCUUUGGGGGUCAUCAUAUGGGCCAUGGUGGAACGGAUUACGUUUGUGGAUGUAGAGACUCAGAAGGAGCUCUUAGGGAGCUACGUACAACAGGGGGAGGAUAUAGUCCCGUUGGGGGAGGCUCUGCUGGAGAACCCCAAGAUGGAGCUCCACAUCCCGGCUCGGAAGAAGAGCAUGAACGCUGGCAUGAAACAACUGAUUCGGGAGAUGCUGUCCGCCAAUCCACAGGAGCGACCCGAUGCCGUUGAGCUGGAGCUCAGGCUGGUUCGGAUCGCAUGCAGGGAACUCGAUUGGGAUACGUGAAAGGACACCAUCUUGGAGAUGGGGUAAACUUCUAGGACAAUGGGUUUGGAGCUUGAAGUAAGAACAUAUUGUCUGGCCUUGUCCCAAAUGGCACACAGGGGUCUUGUGGUCUUCAUUCGGGAGUGUCUGUGAAAUCCAUAAAACCAUAGGAGAGGGAUCUCGAACCCUGCUACUGAGGAGAGUUACCAUCCUGCAGACUUCAGCUCCAACCCAGCUCCCACACAUCUAUCUGUAAAUUUUUAAGUAACCCUGAACCCUUUGAGUAGCUGGUUCUGGUGCGUUUGAUUGGGAUUGGAGCUUUGCAGGACGGUAGCUCUGGGGUUGGAGACACCUGCCAUAGGGUUUCCCAUUUGGGAAUUCAGUUUAGGCUCCAUUUGCUGAGCCCACAAUUACCUGUGCUGCAAAGUAUAGACUUUGUCAGGGAAUACCGCAUAGGCUGAUGGUGCCGUUUGGGACAGGGCCUUUGGAGUGGGUUUUUAGUGGGUGAUUGCACUGGUCCUUGUUUUUUUUUUCUUGCUAUUCUUACAGUUUAGUACAACUGAUUCAUUGAUGAUAAACAGCCUUUAAGAUGUUAAAUGCUUAUUACUGUCUCACCUGUUCACAAGCACAUUGGGAUUUUCAUCAGCAAGAGUCCAGAUGGGCUUCAGGGGGGUUUCAUUGAUGGAAAAAACAUCAGAUAUACACCUUCCAUUGACCACAAACCACAUCGAGCUAGAUAAACACAGGUCCACAGAAUUCCCAGAACAUUCCAGCACUAAGACAUCAGGUAGCAUGUAGAUUAGGGCUGGGCUAAAAAAAUGUUUGUAAAAUAUUUUGGCUUCAUGAAAAAUUCAAUAUUUUCACUUGGAUGGUGUCUGAUUUACUUUCUUUGCUCAUGAAUUGGAAGAAGGCAUGCAAAAGUGAUCUACUGGCAUGGUUGUAAUUGCUAGAAAAACGGCGUUAGUCCAUAUUCAUCAUGUUUUAUGUCACUAACAACAUAAUAAUGAAUAUAUUGUAUAUAUUCAAGUUAACACCCAGCCCUGAUGUAGUUUUAAUACAGCACAGCAAAAAGACUCAUGGCUUCCAUCUCUCUCGGGAACUCUUUAGUUAUCUAUGAGAGCUACUCUCACCACACUCCCGGUGCUAAUUCAACUUGUAAUGCAAAGUGGAAAACACGCAGAAUUUUUUAUUUUU